GAAGCCACUGUCAGCUUCCCCUCUGAGUGGGCAAUAAAAAACACUACCCGCUCUUUUGUCUCUCUCACUGGUAAUUUACUCCAGCUCUCAGCAUCACACAGGCUUACCUCUCUGAAGAGAUCGACAGAGCCUCAGCAUGGUGUCUGCUGGAAGACAGAUUCUGGGUUUGGCCCUGGCCAUCAUCGGCUUUCUGGGGAGCAUCAUCAUCUGCAUUCUCCCCACCUGGAAAGUCACAGCCUUCAUUGGUGCCAACAUCGUCACUUCUCAGGUGAUCUGGGAGGGUUUGUGGAUGAACUGUGUGACCCAGAGUACUGGCCAGAUGCAAUGCAAAGUCUAUGACUCUCUCCUCAUCUUACCUCAAGACCUGCAGGCUGCCAGAGCACUCAUCAUCAUUGCCAUCAUCGCUGGGGUCUUUGGGAUCAUUCUUGCCGUGGUUGGGGGCAAGUGCACCAACUUUGUGGAGGACGAAAGGCAAAAGAGCAAAGUGGCCAUCGCUUCUGGAGUGAUCUUCAUCAUUGCAGGCCUCUUGGUGCUUAUCCCCGUCUGCUGGACCACCAACACCAUAGUUCGUGAUUUCUACAACCCUAUCAUGACUGACGCUCAGAGGAGGGAGCUGGGGGCCUCGCUCUACAUUGGCUGGGGCUGCGCGGGGCUGCUGUUCCUUGGUGGGGGCCUCCUCUGCUGCUCCUCUCCCCCCAGAGAUGAGAACAACUAUGAUGUGAAGUACGCCAAGGCUCACUCUAUAGAGAGCAGCAGGGCCUACGUUUAGAUCUUCAGCGGGAAGCAGAACUGGGCAGUCUGUUGGAAGGACAUAAGACAAAGAGUUUCUGAAAGCUUCACCUUCUGUUUGUCCCAUGAAGAUGCAGAAUGAAAACGAGUGUCUAUAAUGUGGUUAAGGUAGAUGGAGCUUUUGCAGUAUGAGCGUAUAACUCAGGCAUGUGUUUUAGUCUUAAAAACAUCCUUAAGAAUCAUAUAUGUUGUAAAAUGUUUUUAAAUUUUCUAUAUGUGAACAUACAAUGUUUUUGUAUUUUACACCAUUACAGACACAUAUUUCACAUAGUUUUCCUGUCUUUAUUUAUGUUGUCGUUUACUCCCACAUCCUCACACACUCUCUAUGAUGUGUGUUAAAAAUUGCUAUAUAUGAAACACGUUGUAUAUUUAUUUGAAAUCUGCCUGUGAAGUUACUGUUUUCUGUCUAAGCCUACUCUUUCUCAAUCAAACUAGAUUUACACCAGCUGUUUGAAUCGAAUUUUCUUCUGAUUUUGUUUGAUUGAUGUUUUUCUCUGUAUUAUUGCCUGCCAUUAAAAUGUAGGUCAUUUGUAAGACAAAUAUUAGUGAGCAUGUGAGAUUUUUAUCUCGUCAUGACGGUUUUUAUUUUUUCAAGGGGAAGAAGAGUUACAGUGAUGACAAAUGACAAAAAAAACUCGCUGAACAGUGGAUCUGGUUUUUCAAGCGUACAUGAAAGAAUCCUUACAAACAGGUUGUGUAACAGGGUGUCCUAUCUGCCAAAGAAACAUUACUAAAUAAACAAGAGAUUGAACCAUAA